UCUGACAUUUGGGGACAGUUUUGGGAGGAAACUUGGAAGGCAAAAAAUAUCUAUUUUUGAUUUUUCUUCCCCACAAAAUAUCUCUAAUUUGAUUUUUUUUUUCCUAAAACAAAGCUCCUACUAUUUUAGUAAAAAAAAUAAUUUCAAUAAUUAAUUAAUCUUUUUCCUUGUUUCCUUCCAUUCUAAGUCAGAUCUAAAUGAACAGUGUGGUCUUCUGUUUCAAUUGAGGCAGGAGUGCAUGGUUCCGCUGGUUCAAGAGCUGUGCCUUCUUACACAGCCUCUCAGUCUCCUUCAUCACGCAGCAGUUCUGCCAAAACAGCAAGGUGUUGAGCCUCUCCAUGACUCGUCUGCAGGAAAACAUAUGUAAUGCCAGUUUAGAGCAAGGAAAGACGAGUUUCUACCAUAAAAAUUGAAGCAGAGAGUCUAUAAAGAUGCCGUUAAAUCAACAGUGCUGCAAACAUUAAAAGGCACUGCAGGCGCAUGAAGAUUCCAUAUAGCACGAACAGCACCUAACAAGAGGGGACAUGGCGGAGCUUUAUCUGAUACGUGGAGAUAAGAAUAGUAGCAGUGUGAGUACCACCUACUGGUCAAGAAAAGACGGGAAGAGUAUGGGGGUGGUGGGGGUAGUGGAGGGACUGCUUAUAGCGCGCAAGAUGAGGAGAAGGUAACACCUUGCGUCCCAUGCACAGUGGCGUGGCACCGGAAUGAUGCUAAAGGAGAGGGGAGAGAGGGGACUGGCGACCGGUGGUGCGGGCGCGAGCAAUUAGUGUUGUACUCGUAAGCGAGCAGACGGUCAUGCGGAGGAUUAUGUCUAAGUUUCUUAUUGUGUUCUCUUGUAGUAUCCACCAUAUUACUACAUAAAAUUCUCCAGUAAAAGUUGCUCGAUCAAGGAGUGGAACAGGAAGAAAGCAGUAACGCAAACAGAGAACGGAACACUGUGCGGAGGAUGUAAUAGCAGAUCCGGUAUCAGGGUGUCAGCCGACGAGGCUAGGUUAAGAUCAAUUUUGGAUUUCUUAGUUCGUCGUUUGAGAUUGAGGAGAGGUAGGUAGGGACUUUCCUGCACUCGUGGUUUGCGAUAUUUGGGACCCUGCUUAAGCGUGAUCCUGUACCAUUUUGGAUCUUCCUCUUCCUGGAGAAAGCCACUGUCGUCCUCUGCCAUGCUAUCCGCUGCUCUCCUGAAUGCCUCGGUGACGCUAUCAACCAAAAGCCCCGAAAGGAUCGCCAGCUGAACUGCCCUUGUCGAGCGGUGCCUUGGGCGGGGUGCAUGCGGCUCUUCCUCAUGGCCCAAGGCCUCAAAAGGAUUGGAUAUGAGGGCGGUAAUUGAUUGGUAUGUAGAGGGAUUAUGAUGAUGAGAGGACAAGGCAAAAGGUUUAACACCAUUCUGACGGAUAUCUCCAACACUAUCCGCUGCGAAUUGUGCACCGCUCAUCGUCCGUCUCUUUACUCGAGGCGGUAAAUCCUGACCAUCUACCGUGUCGGGCGCCCGUGACCGCUGGCCACCGUCCGUGGAACACUCAGCGGCCCCGUGUCAGGAUAUGGCCGCAGGCGAUACACUUGUUCGUCCGGGACGGGGACAGACACGAACGGCAUAACAGGUGUCUCGGACGAGGAUGUUCUUAUUUAUAGCCGCGGAUAACGUUGCCGCUUGCCAAGCGUUGUUUCGAAGAGGGUAAUUUUGGAGUGGUGUUUGCCGGAGACAACAUGAAGGUUCAUGAGACAAGGUCCCAUACACGCAGUUCCGCCGAGGAGGAAGGCAAGAUCGGGAAAGGGAAACAGAAGGCGGAGAACGGAGGGCGAGAUGGUGAACAGCAGCAGGCAUCUAAAAAUAAGAAGGCGAAGGUCGAGGGGGAGAAUCGAGAUGCAAACGGCAAACCUGCAGUAGACGUUGCUGUCGAGUUUGAGGAGUUCUGCAAGGCUACGAGGCAGCAUCUGUCGAUAAACGAGAUGCGCAGGAUACUGGAAGCUAACGAGCAAGACCCUUCUGGUUCUGAUGAUGCAGUCGUCCCUCGAUGCCAAGAUAUGAUGUUCUAUGGGCCCUUGGAGAAAUGCCCGGUCUGCCGUAACCAGGUGGAUUGCAGCGGGAGCAACUACCUAUGCAGAGGGGCUUACAGCGAAUGGAGCACCUGUAUAUACACCACCACCGACGCGCGGAGGAGAGAUCAGCCGUUGAUGAUCCCCGAGGGGAUUGGAGAUGAGACGGUUAAGGAGUGGAUCAAGAAACAAGAAUCGAGAAUCUACCCUCGCCGGGAGUUGACUUCGUCGAAUAAGCCUUUUGCUGGAUUGGUGAUCUCCCUCUCCGGUCGUCUGUCUCGAACACAUCAAACAUGGAGGGAGGAAAUUGAGAAGCAUGGCGGAAAGGUCUCUAAUAACAUUAUUGGUGCCAAUUGCUUGGUUGUGUCCCCUGCGGAACGUGAAAGAGGAGGUUCAUCCAGAGUGGCGGAGGCAAUGGAAAGGAACAUUGCUGUGGUGAGUGAAAACUGGUUGAUAGAUAGCAUCCAGAAGCAGCAGGCGCAGCCCCUCGAUGCCUACGACGUCGUCUCUGAUCUUAUCCCCGAGGGAAGGGGAAUUCCAUGGGACAAAAUGGACCCGAACGAAGAAGCUCUCGAAUCUUUGACGGCAGAACUCAAGCUGUAUGGAAAGAGGUGUGUCUACAAGGAUAGCAUGUUGCAGGAGCAAGGAGGGUUCAUAUUUGAGAAGGAUGGAAUCUUAUACAACUGUGCGUUCUCCCUUUGUGAUCUGGGGAGGGGAAUCAACGAAUAUUGCGUCUUGCAGCUGAUUCAGGUUCCUGAGAAAAACGUGCAUCUGUACUAUAAGAAGGGCCGAGUAGGAGACGACCCCAAGGCAGAUGAGAGGGUCGAGGAGUGGAACAACGUGGAUGAUGCGCUGAAAGAGUUUGUUCGCCUCUUCAAAGAGGUCACAGGGAACGAGUUUGAGACAUGGGAGAGGGAGAAGAAGUUCCAGAAAAUGCCUCUCAAGUUCUAUCCUAUCGACAUGGACGAUGGUAUUGAUGUGAGACACGGGGGAUUGAGUGCUCGGCAGCUGGGUGUUGCAGCUGCUCACUGUAAGCUGGAGCCACUGGUGGCGAAGUUUAUGAAGGUCUUGUGCAGCCAGGAGAUCUACAGAUAUGCAAUGAUGGAAAUGGGAUAUGAUUGUCCAGACCUACCCGUGGGAAUGGUCACCGAUCUGCAUCUAGAAAGAUGUGAGGAGGAGCUGCUCAAUUUCAGAGAGGACAUCAAGAAAGCACCUGAUUCGAGCGACAAGGCCAAUGUCCUGUGGCUGGACUUCACCAACAAGUGGUUCACGCUCAUGCACUCCGUCCGGCCGUUCAUCAUGAAGAAUUUCCAGGAACUCACGGUUCACGUGGCUGCAGGACUGGAGUGCAUAAGGGACAUCAACGUUGCGUCCCGCCUCGUCGGCGACAUGUCUGGUGCGACCGUCGACGACCCACUUUCCGAUCGCUACGGCAGACUCGGCUGCUCUGUGGCACCUCUGGACAAGGAAUCAGACGACCACAAGAUGAUCCUCAAGUACCUCGAGACCACAUACGAGCCCAUCAAAGUUGGAGACGUGACGUACGGUGUAUCCGUGGAGAACAUAUUUGCCGUCGAAUCGGGCGCUGGUCCUUCGUACGAGGAAGUGAAGAAGCUGCCAAACAAGAUCUUGUUGUGGUGUGGAACGAGGAGUUCUAGUUUGAUUAGGCAUUUACAGAAAGGACUGCUCCCAUCAGUAUGUCAAAUACCAGCGCCUGGAUACAUGUUUGGAAAAGCGAUUGUUUGCUCAGAUGCAUCGGCUGAGGCCGCUAGAUACGGAUUCACCGCAGUUGACAGGCCAGAUGGGUUCUUGCUCUUGGCCGUGGUUUCCCUGGGAGAGCAGAUAACUGAGAUGUCUACUGCACCAGAUGACACGAAGGAACUGGAGGAGGAGAAGGUAAGCGUAAAAGGACUCGGCAGGAAGAAGCCCGAUGGGUCGCAGCACUUCAAGUGGGUGGACGACGUGAAGGUGCCUUGCGGACGUUUAGUUGCGUCCGAGCACACCGAUAGGCCGCUCGAGUAUAACGAGUACGCUGUUUACGAUCCGAGACAGGUGUGCAUGCGAUUCGUGGUUGCCGUGAAGUACGAGGAGCAGAACGUGGUGAUGGGUGAGGAAUGAUCAUGAGGAGACCUGUUGCGGGGGUCCUUUGUGAGGGAAUCUUUUUCCUGUUUUGUAGAGAACCUGUUCUGUAAGAACUUUGAAUGUGAAUACGCUGCGGAGCAGGUGUAACGCUUGCUUGCUUCUGAACGGAUGCUUACUUCA